CCGCCUUUUUUUUUUUUUUUUUUUAAAUCAAGGUUUCAAACUUCGAACAAUAACUUGUCCCCUUUUCCCCUAAAUUCCAACUUCCUGUAGAUUCUGGUAAAACGAUUAAAAUUCUGUCCCUUUUUGCCCUCCCUUAAGAUUAUUGAUCUCGUAUGAUAUUAUGCAUUGAAGAAUUUGUUAAUGGGUUUCUGGAAUUCUCUGUUAAUUGGUCGGAAAAUAAACCGUGCAGGUGAUGUGAGGCUGAAGUAAUUAUACUGCUUUAUUAUGAGGCGUAUUGAGCGGUUGCCGGAGGCUGUUCACAGCUCAGUGCGUUCGGGGAUUGUGAUAUGUGAUUUGACACGGAUUGUGGAAGAGCUGGUUUUUAACAGUCUUGACGCGGGUGCUACCAAGGUGUCUGUCGCUGUUGGAGCUGGCAGCUGCUACAUUAUAGUGGUGGACAAUGGAUCUGGUAUUACGAGGGAUGGAUUGGUGCUGUUGGGAGAACGAAAUGCUACUUCAAAGAUUGACAACUUCACGGUUACGGAUGGUACUGUAAGCUUUGGUUUCAAAGGAGAAGUACUAGGCUCCAUUUCUGAUGUUUCUUUGUUAGAAAUUGUGACAAAAGCACGUGGGAGGCCAAAUGGUUAUCGCAAGGUUAUGAAGGGAUGCAAGUGUUUGCAUCUUGGAAUCAAUGAUGAGAGACAGGAUGUGGGCACUACAGUCAUUGUCCGUGAUAUAUUUUACAAUCAACCAGUUCGAAGAAAGCACAUUCAAUCCAGGCCCGAGAAGGUGUUAGAUUCAAUUAAGAAGUGUGUGCUAAGAAUUGCACUUGUUCACUUGGAUGUUUCCUUCAAGGUUAAUGACAUUGAUAGUGAGGAUGAGCUGCUUUGCACUGAACCUUCCCCUUCUCCUUUACCAAUACUUUCUAAUAAUUUCCGGAUUGAGGUAUCAAGUUCCUUGAGUGAUCUGAGUGUAUCUGACGGUGUAUUGAAGCUUUCUGGAUGCAUUUCUGGUCCUUCUGACAUUUUCUCUCCAAAGGCAAUCCAAUAUGUUUACAUCAACUCAAGAUUCAUUUGCAAGGGACCAAUACAUAAACUGCUGAAUCAGCUGGCUGCUAGAUUUGACUCUUUGAAUUCUUGGAAGCCUAGCACGGGCUCUCAGAAAGGGAAACGAAAUAGGUGUCAGAUAUGUCCACUGUUCAUUCUGAACUUAAGUUGCCCGAUAUCUCACUAUGAUAUAAUAACUUUUGAACAAUCAAAGACCUCAGUGGAGUUUAAGGAUUGGGCUCCUGUACUUACUUUCAUUGAGAAUGCCAUCACAUGUCUUUGGAGCAAAAAUUUCUCCGAUGAAAAAUAUAUGGCAGGGACUUGUCAAAGUGGAAGGAGGACAUUCAAGAACCACAACUUUGGAACUUCUGCAGGAUUCCCCUCAGCAAAGCUGAAGAACCUACCUGAAAACUGUGAUAAUAUUCCUGCUUGGAAAGAAUGCAUAUCCUCCCGUGGAAACCCCCAUGUUUCUGAGGGUAAAAGGAAUAAAAGAGAGACAGGUUUUGUUUGUCAUACUGACUGCUUGAGUCAGUCACGUGAUGGAACUCUGGCAGACUGUGGAGUGGCUGAAAGAAAAGACAGUAGCACACAUCCAUCUUCUUGUAAUGCUUUAUCUGUGGAGCAUCAUGACUUUGUGAGAGAUAUUGACGAGCAACUGAACGACAUUUUAUGUUCAGGAUUGGAGGAUGUGUUCCCCAAAAUUGAUGCUAACAUGAAUAAAGUCUCAAAAGGACGUGUCCUGUUAGAUGAUUGUCUUGAAUCCAGUGAUGAUGCAGAUGUUAGGCAGGAUCCUGGAAGAUCGUUUCUAAGAAGUUGUUACUUUCAGAGAAGCCUUCUAAAUGACAGACCAUCACUUGCAAGUGAUGAGGAAUUUGAGUUUGGAAGUGACGACUUCAACAUCGAACAAAAGUGCGUUGAAGGUGAUGAUAGAGUAGUGAAUGAAAUCAACCAGAAGUUUUAUGGAAAGUCACUAAAGCGUGAUGGGUCACCAGUAUUUCAGUCCUCUCCCAGGACUCCUUGUAGAACACUUAAAGGUUCAGAAUGUUUGUCCGGAGACUUGGUAAAUUCAUCACUCAGUGCUAGAAACAGUUUCAAUGAAAAGAACCACAAUCCACCUGACAUAUUUCGACAAGGUUGGAAAUAUGGUCCCAGUCAGCAGUCUUUAAGUCCCGGAAGUUUCCCUGUGACAUCAGAGCCAAAACUUGAGACCAAGUUUAAGGAUGAUGAUUUUACUGACAUACAUAUUUGUGAAAAUCACUUCAAAUUUGGUGGAGAUGCUACAUAUGACUAUUCUACACGUACAGGAGAAGACUGCAUUAUCGCAAUUAAUAAUAUAAAAGAGAACAUGCAUCUAGAAAAGUACUCCUUUAUGAACUCUUCCCCUGAUCUGAAGGAUUGUGCUGAUCAUAGGAGAGAGCAUGAUGAAUUUUAUGGGUUCAAUCUUGAGGAUUCUUAUUCACCAAGUCCUUUGAAAAGAUUCAGGGAAACAGAUUGGUCAUCUUUGCCCUCUUGCAGUGAAAAACGUCCCACAAACUUUUCAGUACCCUCAACGCAUUACACUCUGUCAGCCAAUGAUAAAUAUGGAAAACCUUGUAGUAGGAACCAAGAGACAAUGUCUGCAAUUGACAUUAAGAAAAGCUCAAGAAGAAGCAAGUCAGCUCCACCAUUUUACAGAGGCAAGCAGAGAUUUUUGACGUUGAGUGAUCCUUCCACAAUGGUGUCGGGGGAAAUCAAUUCACAGACCUCGGACAGCUUGUCUUUUCUUCCAGAAUCUAGCAACCUGGGUUAUGCACCACAUUGUGCAGAAACCAGCAACUUAAAAGAUUCUCUAAUUUCUUGUGAUCAAUAUGAUCCAUCUUCAUUUCAAAGAUCAGAGACGGAUAUUUCUUUUGUUAAAAGACAACGUUUAAAGAGGACACCUGAAACCCAUGACUUUCAAGAUUGCAAAUUGCAAAAGACAGACCAAAGUAUGAGUGCUUGCAAUAUGAAGUCUGUUGAAUGUUUUACAUUAGGGGAGAUCCUUGAUACUUCGGUUUCUGGGAGAAAAUGGAGGAAUGAUUCUCAAAACAUUGCGGGUGGAGACUUGGCACAUAAUUUUAAAGAUCAGGAUCAUAUACUUGACAUAUUCUCUGGCAUCUUGCACCUUGCUGGUGAUUCCUUAGUUCCUAAAUCCAUUGACAAGAGCUCUCUAGAGGAUGCCAAGGUUCUCAAUCAGGUUGACAAGAAAUUUAUUGUGGUUGUUGCUGGCAGAAGCCUUGCUGUUAUUGACCAGCAUGCUGCUGAUGAAAGGAUUAGACUGGAAGAAUUGCGUUCUAAGGUGCUAUCUGGAGAAAUGAAGACAAUCACCUAUCUAAAUGCUGAGCAAACACUGGUUUUGCCUGAAAUUUGUUAUCAGUUACUGCAAAAUUAUGCUGAACAUAUUCAGAAAUGGGGUUGGAUCUUCAAUAUUCUUUCUCAGGAUUCAAGGUCUUUUACAAAAAAUUUGAAUGUUCUACACAGGCAGCCAACUGUUGCCACACUUCUUGCGGUGCCAUGUAUUUUAGGUGUUGAUUUAACUGAUGUGCAUCUCUUGGAGUUUCUUCAACAGCUAGCUGAAACUGAUGGAUCAUCAACAAUACCACCGGCAGUUCAUCAGAUCCUUAAUAACAAAGCCUGCAGGGGGGCAAUAAUGUUUGGGGACUCGCUGCUGCCUUCAGAAUGUUCCCUCAUUGUUGAAGAGUUGAAAAGGACAUCACUCUGUUUUCAGUGUGCUCAUGGACGACCUACGACUGUUCCACUUGUUGAGUUGGAUGUCUUGCACAAUUUGAUUGCUAAGCUUGGCUCAUGUUCCUCUGGUUCGCAAGAGUCCUGGCAUGGGUUGCGUCAGCAUGGACUCAGUUUAGAACGUGCCAGAAAGCGCCUCAACAUUUCCUGAGGUUCAUAGACGUCCCUCGUGUCAACAGAAGGAGAAGCUAUGUUGGACUUGGGCAGGUGGUUAUGUGAGUGGUCCCAUAGCAACCUGUAGCCAACUAUUGAAACUAUGUAUAUACAUCAGUGUUUCCUUUGUAAUUCCCAUUUGCUACGACAAAGGGAACUAUGUAUAGCACUCCUUGCAAUUAGUGAAAUAACUUGACAAACAACCACUUGUAGGUUAGAUAACCAAAAUUUUCCUUUUUUCAUUGGCAUUGGAAAGGUGUUCUUAGCUCUUUGGACCGAUUAUCUGUAACUGCAUUAUGCAAAAAGAUUUUGUCAUCAUUUUUUCCUUCCAUUUAUACAGUGGUAUUUCCUUUGGAAUGCUGUGUUCUUUCCCUCU